AUGUCUGAUCAAGUUAUCUACCUCGCUAUUCUCAUCGGCCUGUACGUGCUGUACAAGUUGGCCAAUUCGACUGAUCAGCCAAAGAUCAAGGGCAUCCCCGAGAUUCCUGGUGUACCGCUUUUUGGAAACUUGAUUCAGUUGGGGACGGACCAUGCCAGAGUUGCACAGAAAUGGGCCAAGAAGUACGGACCUGUCUUUCAGACACGUCUGGGAACCAAGCGAGUCAUCUAUGUCAACUCUUAUGAAGCCGUGAAGCAUUUCUGGAUCACCCACCAGUCUGCACUCAUCUCCCGCCCCAUGUUUCACACAUUCCACUCAGUGGUUUCUUCAUCCCAAGGCUUCACCAUCGGCACUUCGCCGUGGGAUGAGUCCUGCAAGAACCGCCGCAAGGCCGCUGCCACUGCCCUCAACCGCCCUGCUGUUCAAUCUUACAUGCCAAUUCUCGACCUCGAGUCUCUCGUCAGCAUCAAGGAACUUCUUGACGAUUGCAAGGACGGAAGCAAGGACCUUGAUCCAUCGCCCUACUUUGCCCGAUUUGCGCUCAACACUUCUUUGACUUUGAACUACGGCUUCCGCAUCGAUGGCGACGUCAACUCUGAGCUUCUCCACGAAAUCACCUACGUUGAGCGCGAGAUUUCCAAUUUCAGAUCUACUAGCAACAACUGGCAGGAUUAUGUUCCGCUGCUUCGACUUUGGGGAGCUCAAAACUCAUCGGCUGAGGAAUUCAGAGUGCGCCGUGACAAGUAUCUGUCUGAUCUCCUGGCCAAUCUCAAGAGCAGAAUCGACAACGGUACAGAUAAGCCUUGCAUCACUGGAAACAUUCUGAAGGACCCUACCGCCAAGCUGAACGAUGCCGAGAUCAAGUCUAUCUGCCUCACUAUGGUUUCUGCUGGUCUGGACACAGUUCCAGGUAACGUGAUCAUGGGCAUCGCAUACCUCGCAACCGAGCAAGGUCAGAAGAUUCAAGCCAAGGCCCUCAAGGAGAUCUACAAAGUCUACCCCAACGGUGAAGCCUGGGAACGAUGCCUCGUGGAAGAGAAGGUUCCCUAUGUCACAGCCCUCGUCAAGGAGAUCUUGCGAUUUUGGACAGUCAUUCCUAUCUGCCUGCCUCGGGAAAGCAUCAAGGAUAUCCCCUACCAGGGUGCCGUGAUCCCUGCAGGAACCAAGUUUUUCAUGAACGCCUACGCCGCAGACUAUGAUGAAUCACGAUUCGCGAAUCCUUAUGAGUUUAACCCUGAGCGAUAUAUCGACGACAAGGAGAUUGGAACGCCUCACUACGCCUAUGGUGCUGGAUCACGAAUGUGCGCGGGCUCUCACCUUGCAAACCGCGAGCUCUACACAGCUUUCAUCCGCCUCAUCACCGCUUUCGAGAUUCUCCCUCCCAAGGACAAGAAGGACUUCCCCGUCAUGGAUUGCAUCGAGUGCAACGCCAACCCAACUUCGCUGACAACGGACCCCAAGCCUUUCAAGGUCGGUUUCAAGCCGCGAGAUGAGGCCAAGGCCAGGGAAUGGAUUGCAGCUGGUGAAGAGCGAACCCAAGACAUAAGGUGA